AUGAACCGGAUUUCAACGAUCAUCAACUUCGGUUAUGGAGCUUCAUUUGUCACACUCAGUGCUGCCAUCAUCAUUCUGAUAUUUUGCAGACGUUUCAACUACAAAAGCAGCAUCAUUCACAUUAACCUGUUUCUCGCUUUCUGUGUUCGGUCUCUUUUCGCCUUGUUAAGACAAAACCUUUUCACCCACGGAUUCGCUAUGAAUAUUGACAUGGAAGAAAAAGAUGGAAGGUUUUUAUUCAAACCAGGCCUUCACUGGGAAUGUCGCCUUCUGUUCACCCUGUUUGUAUAUGGAAUCGCCGUCAGUCAAUCAUGGAUAUUUGUGGAGGGUGUCUACCUACAAAUGCUUUUCUAUCGGACGCUUGUCACACAGCAGCGUGGAAUAAAGUCAUACGUCGUAUUUGGUUGGUGUUUCCCGCUGACAUUUCUAAUACCGUGGGUUAUCGUCCGAAUGAAAUAUGAAAAUAUAUUAUGCUGGAAUAUCAACCAGAAAAUAGAAUAUUUGUGGAUUAUCCGAGCGCCCUUAAUACUAAUUAUUGUGAUCAAUUUCUUGUUUUUUAUCGACAACAUCUGCAUUUUAUUCAAAAGGACGCAAGCACGUAUGAAAAAUCGGACAGCCAGGAAACUGGCCAAGUUUAUCAUGAUGCUAGUGCCGCUGUUUGGAGUACCGAACGUACUUUUCAUGCUGAUUCCACCUGACCUGGACACACUUGUGGAUCUACCCUACAUGUACAUAUCUGUGUUCUACAGUUCUUUUCAGGGUGUUAUCCUAUCAUUCCUUUACUGUUUUCUACACGAAGAGGUUCGAUUAACUAUAAAACAGAGUUGUAAUCGAUUCUUGGUAAGGCGACGAAUUAAUCUUACUCUACGAAGCUACGAGAGCCGCUCAAUGAUGAACCGACGACGCGAGUCCUUUGCAUCUGCACCUCACACCCCUUCCACUCAUGUGACAGAAAUGGACGAUUCGUAUCAAGUCGUCGAAAUGCCUGCAGUUACGUCAAACAGUGACUCAAGCCAGCGUACAGACACCGCCACCUUCCUGAAAAUUAAAAUAUUUUUCUUCUUUUUUUCUUCUGCUUCCUCUUCAAUCACUGCUUUAUUAUUCUUAAACAUGCUUUUCUUUCUUUUAUUUUCAUUGGGUUUUUUUUCUGCUUCUUUUUUUUCACUCUCUCUUACUCUUUUUCUUCUCUUUUCUUUCUCUGAUUUUCUUUCCUUUCCUCUUCUUUCCUUGUACUUCUUUACAUACUCCGUCUUCUUUUUCUAUUCUUUCACUAUUUUUUCUUUUUUUCCUUCUCUUUACUGUUCUUUUCUUUUUUCUUUUCUCAACUUUUUGUUCUUUUUCUUGUGUUUAGUUAUUCUUCUUUUUCUGUGCCUUUUUCUCCUUCCUGUUUACUUUUACUCUUUUUUCUGUUUGCUUCCCUUUUCUUUCAUUUUCUUCAUCCUCUAUUUUCUCUUUUACAUAUUUCUUCCUUUUCCUUCAUUGCUUCUUUCUUUCUGUUUCUUCCUCGUUUUCUGUUUUGUUUUCUUCCCCUAUCUACUUUUCUCAUCUUCCUCUCUUCUUCUUCUUUUCUUCUUUUCUUUCUUUAUUUUCUCUUAUUUUUCAUCUUCUUCUGUUUCUUCUUUCUCUUUCCCCUUCUCUUUUCCUCUUUCUCUUCUUCUCUUUCUCCUUUAUUUUCUUCCUCUUCUAUUUAACAAGUUUCUUCUUUUUCGUUCAUCUCUUAUUUCUUCUUUCCAUCUUUUCUUCUUCUUCUUCUUAAUAUUUCUACCUAUUCAGCCUUUUCAGAAGAAAAAAAUUCAUAUCUAUCUUCUUAUCUAUCUAUCUAUCUAUCUAUCUAUCUAUCUAUCUAUCUAUCUAUCUAUCUACUCCUUUCAUCCUUUUCACGUCCCCAUCCCGCUCUCUCUCUCUCUCUCUUUCUUCCUCUCUCUAUUUCUCCCCCACUCUCUCUUUCUCUACAUGCAGCUGUUUAGUUCCCGUUUGCUAACAUCCAACAAGCUGUUUGUUGUCAGAUUUUAUCCUGCUCAUCCUUCCCAGCAUACAACUGAAAGAUGUUGUUCUUUCUUUCUUUCUUUCUUUCUUUCUUUCUUUCUUUCUUUCUUUCUUUCUUUCUUCUCUUCCUCCUCCUCCUUUUCUUCUCUUCUUCUUCUUCUUCUUCAAAUAUUCGAAUAA